UCUUUUCGUGAUGUGGACUCUGUGGCGAACAGUACUCUUGGCUGCAGCGUGCGCCUUGAUGAUCUUGCAAUCUUUAGGCGCUCAAGCGGUCAGAUUUGAUGAUUUGGCAACUCAGCGGAGGUCCGAAGACCAAAGGGAAUCUAGUGCUCAAAUAAGCUCCGAUGUGCUUCCGAUCAGCGCGACCGCAAUCAACCGAGCCAAAAAUCUUCUUCAGCUUUUAGCGUCGGAAUCAAAUGUUACCCCGUGGCGCAGUACUUCUUGGGGGUUUUCGCUUCCACCUUCGCCAGCUGUGAUGGCGCGUCUUGUCUCUACGUCUGAAGACGGACUUCGCAUGAUGGCGCGGCGAUCGGGUCGUUUUCUGCGGGGUGUGAAAGCCAGCGGCGAUGACGUUACCAGCGGGGAUAUUAUCGACGUCGGCGGAGAUACCAAAGUCGCCAUUGGAUCAAAAGGAUGCUUCUUCAAAGUAUGUUCGUUCGGGACGCACAAUCUUCAGAAGUGAUCCUUUUCUACUUGCUUGAAAAAUCGGCUAUAUAUUUCGGAAUUUCUUCUGGUGCCGCGACAGCGCGAGCGGCUUGCUGCUCUUCCCGAGUCAACUGCCGUUGGCCAAAACCAACUUUUAACGAGAUCAGAUCUCACACUUAUUCAACCUUCAACUCGUUCUGACAUGCUUUCUGGGGAUUUCACCCGUCAC